AUGUAUAUAUUUUUCAAAAAGAGAGAAAUAACAAAUGACUACUGAAAAUAAACUAGCAACUGUGCUUCGUUAUGCUUACUUACAUAAUUUGAACUGUGAACAGUGGAUAGAACCUACAAAAGAAUGUCUGAAAGAUUCAGAUCAAGUAGAUAAAGAACUGUGUGAUUUAUUGUUAACAUCCUUAUUUUCAUUCACGCGAGCUUCUGAUCCUUUAUUAGAAUCUUAUAUAACAAUAGCCACUACAGGUCAAUCGAAUACUCUUACAAUUGAACCCAUUAUAUCACCUCAUACAUUCAUUAGACACCUUUUUUCUUUUCUUGAAACAACCGCUCAUCAAAAUCCAUAUCAAUGGUCCUAUCUUUUGAAAAGUAUCAUGCCUACUCUACUUACUUUCAAUACAGAUACUAUUAUUAGUGAUUUACAUAAUCAAACAUCAACUGAGGAAUCUAUUCAAUGGGUCGAUACAUUAAGACAAACGCUUGAAAUUUUAUCCCAUCUUGUAGCUAUAGGUUUAUAUUCAGAUGGUCAAUCAAGUAAGCCAGUACUUCAUUCUGCAUCAUCAUUUCAAAACACAACACAUACACAAACAGCCUUAUUUGAUUCACAACUUUCUUUCCAAUCACAGCAAUCCACAUCCAAUAUAAAUACGAAUAAUAAUAAUAAUAAUGGUUUAUUAGAUGUGGAUGCAACACUUGAUAUGGAUAAUACACAACAGAUGUUAGAGGAUGAUAUUCCGAUAAAAGAUACUGAAAUGAAGGAUGCUACUUCUACUACCAUUGCUACUCAUCAUCCUGAAGACGAUAAUAAAUCGACUAUAGAAGUAGAGAAUGCGAUUAUGGCUGCUGAAAUGAUGAUUCAUUUAAUUGAAAAACGAGAUAUGAAGCGUAUUUUUGAAACCAGAAAUACUCAAUGUCGACAACAAGGAAACAAAAGUGAAGAAAUUAACGAUCCUUGGAUAAAAUGUCAAGAGAAACUAGAUUCAAAAAAGAAUAAAAAGAAAGACUUGAAACAAGCGUCAGAUAAUUUACAGAUACAAAAGGUGCUAACGCUCAUUCAAAGAUUGACAGAUCGUGAUUUAGAAAGAAAGAUUGCAGUUCACAUGAAAUAUCAUGAGUUAGAAGAUGAGGGUACAGCAAGAGCUAUACCUAGUGCAGGUCUAAUGGGGCUUUUAUACCAUUUAGUUCAAGUACGACCUUCCUUAGAUGAUGAUUCAAUUAUAGAUCAUUUAUUAAAAUUACAAACUAUUAAAGGUUCAUUUGAUGAAUCAUUUUAUUUGGAAAUCUGGUUUACUGCCUUAACAGGUCUUCGAGAAGCAUCUUUAAGUACAAGUUGUCAGAAUCUUCCUGAAUAUGAUGACGAUGAUAAAAUAGAAAAUAACAAGAAAACGAAUAGUCAAAAUAAUUCAAUUGUUGCUACUAAUCGUUUACUAUGGAAAAGUCUUGUAUUUGUUAAGAUACCUUUUUUAUUAGAUAAAUUACAAAAAAAGAAACAAGAAAUGAGUGAAUCGCCAGUAAUAGAUGAAAGCAAAUAUAACCCUUUAGAAUCCUCUUUAAAAGAAUUAAAGGCAUUUACAGGUUUAUUGAAUGCAUGCAGUAGUAAUAAUACAGAUGAGGUACAAGAUAACAUCUCCAAAGUGGAAAAUUCAAUUCGUAUCUUGCGUGAUAAUGAUGUCUUUACUAAUAUUGUGCUUGUCUGUCAACGACAUGGAUUUGUGAGACCCAGGAUAGCUGCUGAAUUAUUGAAAAAGAAGGAUGAAAUGGAGAUAGAAGAAGAUACAGAAAAGCUCUUUAUGUCCACUCAAAUAAUAGACCAAUAUAUUGACUCAAGCUGUGAAUCCAUAUUGAAUACUAAUAAUUUUAAAAUAACUGUGAAUGAAUUACUCUCAAUUGGUAUCUCCUCACCUUUACAUUUAAGAAAGAUAAGUGAUUGUAUCUUGAAAAUCAUGGAAAAGGCAACACAAAAUUUUGAUGCAUUAUCAGCGAUAUGUGAAGCCUUAUUAGAGACUCCCUCGAGUCUUGAUUUGAUUCUUCAAUUAUAUACCCCACAAGCCUUAUUAAGUCCACUUGAAUCUAUUUGUAAUCAUUGGGAGCCUUCUCAUUAUGGAAUACAAACUGAAUCCUUAGAAAGCAAUGCUAUGAAUGAAUUAGAAGGAAUGCAAUUGUUAUAUUUCAAGUUUGGUAAAAUAUGGAAACUGGUAGUUUCUGCUGUCAAACGAUUCAAGCUUUAUAGAAAUAUGGAUAAAGUCUUUAAAGAAAAAGAUGGAUUUGUGUAUAAAUACUUUACACAAGGUCUAUUGAUUUAUGGUGUUGAUCUUGAAGAUGAAUCUAUUGAACCUUUUAUUCAAGAUUGGAUGAAUGCAUUAUUCACUAGUAAUAAUAACGGCCUUUCAGAAGAUCUUCUUCGAAACACUAAACCUCAGGUCUUGUUAAUGAUGAUACCUACUAUCAUUCAACGUAGUAUUCUCUUUUCUACAGCUAACCAACAACAAACAGCAUUUUCUUUAUUAAAGAAUUUGAUCUCUUAUUUUCAGAGUCCCUUUUUAGACUUUACGUUAUCAGGCAUAUUUCCUAUUUUGUGUGAGGAACUCUUAAGAGAUCAUGAAGGAUCGUCCUAUGCUUCACUCACUUGUCUUCGUCAAUUGAUCAUGACAAAAUCAUCUCAAGAUAGCAUUAGUCUUCAUCCAGUUUUAGGUUCCCUUGAAUCACUUUUAGAAUUUAAACGACAAGAAAGUGAACUUAAAUCGAUAACAGAUGAUUCAACAGUUGUUUUGGUACAAGGCAUGACAGAAUUAAUGGAAUUUAUCAAAACAAAGACAACCAAGUUAAUGACCACUGAAGAUUACAGUCAUCGUUAUGUAGAAACUAUCACAACAGGUGUCACUCCUUCUACUUUGUUUGAAAAGGCAGAGCUUAUGUUCAAGUCAAUCGUCAAAAGUGGACGAUCGAUGUUUAUGAGGGAUGUAGACGUUGGUGAAAAUCAAAUGUUAUUGUGGGAUGAAACACCUCAACAAGUGUGUCAUUAUUUAGAUAUGGUUUUAUUUGAGACAGCAUUAGAAAUUGGAGGUGCAAGAUGGUUUGUACGUAUGAUUGUGGAACAAGUUUUAGAAGCAGGUAGAUCUGGUGGAGCAGUAAGAGCAGCUGAAUUUGGAUCUUGUUUGAUUACUACACCUUUACUUUAUUCUGUAAAUCAACAUAAUAGCUGUAUUCAAUUAUUGCAAUGUUUAUUACAGGAUAUUUUACCUUCUCGAUUAUUAGAAGGAGCAAGACAAGGCAUGUCCUAUUUUCAAGGACAAACAUUAGGUGUCUUUACAAGUGAUUGUUUAGUCCUCAUGGCACAUGAAAAUCAAACUGUAAAUCAAAUAGGUCGCUUAUUUUUUGAUGCAUUAGUCAUUGAUCAAAGCAUUGAAAAAAAGAAGAAUAUACAGCUUGAAGAAACAGGAACACGUUUCGCUGAUUGGAGUGAAGAAGUUAUAUCGAGUGCAGUUUGGAGAGGAUUUAUAAAAGGAUUAAUGAGCAAUCCAAUUAUUGAAGAAGUUUGGCCAAAAGCAUUUGUUUAGAUAAUAUAUGUAUGUAUAUAUAUAUAUAUGUGUGUGUGCAGUCAUAGCAAAUUUUUGUAUUAUUAUUUUUUUUC